CAGCUGGGGGGGGCGCGGCCCUAGCCGCGCUAGGGCUCUCGUUGCCGAGGCGCCGUCCAACGGGCGGGUACGUUGCUAGGGAGCGGUGGGCCAAUGGGCGUGCGCGUUGCUGUUGCCAAGCGGCGUGGCGGGCCGGGCUGAGCCGAGCCGGGCCGGUGAGAUGAGCGGGGCCGCGGCGGCCCGGCAGCCAUGGAGAUCCGUUGCGGCGGGCUGCUGUUCAGCUCCCGCUUCGACUCGGGCAACCUGGCACACGUGGAGCAGGUAGAACCGCCUGGGGCGGGGGGCGGUGGCGGCCCCGCGGCCUGGGGUGCCGCUCUCCCCGCCGCCGACUACGAGUUCAACGUCUGGACGCGGCCCGACUGCGCCCAGACCGAGUACGAGAACGGUAACAGGUCCUGGUUCUACUUCAGCGUGCGGGGGGGGGCUCCGGGGAAGCUGAUCAAGCUGCACAUCCUGAACAUGAACAAGCAGAGCCGGCUGUACUCCCAGGGCAUGUCCCCCUUCGUGCGGACCCUGCCCGUGCGGCCCCGCUGGGAGCGCAUCCGCGAGCGGCCCAGCUUCGAGAUGGUGGAGACGCAGUUUGUGCUGUCCUUCGUGCACCGCUUCCUGGAGCACCGUGGUGCCACCACCUACUUUGCCUUCUGCUACCCCUUCUCCUAUACGGAGUGCCAGGAGAUGCUGGCGCAGCUGGAUGGCCGCUUCCAGGAGUGCAGGCACAUGUCUCCCAGCAGCCCCCUCGACUCUGUCUAUUACCACCGGGAGCUGCUCUGCCACUCCCUGGACAAGCUGCGAGUGGACCUGCUCACCGUCACCUCGUGCCACGGCAUGCUGGAGAAACGGGAGCCCCGGCUGGACAAACUCUUCCCAGACACAACCACUCCCCGGCCACGCCGCUUUGCAGGGAAGAGGGUGUUUUUCCUUAGCAGCAGAGUCCACCCCGGGGAAACACCCUCCAGCUUUGUCUUCAACGGCUUUCUGGACUUCAUCCUGAGGGAGGAGGACCCCCGUGCCCAGAUGCUGCGGCGGAUGUUCGUCUUUAAGCUCAUUCCUAUGCUGAACCCUGACGGGGUGGUGCGGGGCCACUAUCGAACUGACUCCCGUGGGGUAAACCUGAACCGCCAGUAUCUCAACCCCGAUGCUGAGCUGCACCCCGCAGUGUACGGGGCCAAAGCUGUCCUCCUCUACCACCACGUUCACAGCCGUGUCCUGCCAGGCUCUCCUGACUGGAGGACAUACGUCUCCCCGCUCACCACCAGCUCGUUAAGCACAAAAUCUUCCAACCAUUCUGUCUGCAGCAGCACCCCGUCCCCAGAGGCAGCCCUGUCGGAGCUGGAGAAAGCCAAUAACCUCCGCAAUUCACCCAGCACCUGGCGUGCCAGCACAUACUUCAGCCCUUCUCAGGAACCCCGGCUCUCGGGAGCACCUGCCACCGAGCUGGGCGGCAAGGACCAAGCUGUCUGGAUCCUCCCUUCAAGCCACGCUGCGGAGCACUGUGAGGAGGAAGCUAGGAGGCCUCCACCAGCACCUCUCCCCGAAACCAUCCUGCCCCAGGACAGUGGGCUGGCCUACUACGUCGAUCUCCACGGGCACGCCUCCAAGCGCGGCUGCUUCAUGUACGGCAACAGUUUCAGUGAUGAAAACGAUCAGGUGGAGAACAUGCUGUUCCCCAAACUCAUCUCCCUGAACUCACCUCACUUUGACUUCACGGGCUGUAACUUCUCGGAGAAGAACAUGUAUGCCAAAGACAAACGGGACGGGCAGUCGAAGGAGGGCAGCGGGCGAGUGGCUGUCUACAAAGCCUUGGGGAUCAUCCACAGCUACACACUGGAGUGCAACUACAACACAGGGCGCUCGGUGAACAGCAUCCCCGUGGCCUGCCACGAUAACGGGAGGGCCAGCCCGCCGCCCCCUCCUGCCUUCCCCUCCAAAUACACCGUGGAGCUGUUUGAGCAGGUCGGGAGAGCCUUGGCUGUGGCAGCACUGGACAUGGCAGAGUGCAAUCCCUGGCCCCGGAUCAUCCUGUCAGAGCAUAGCUGCCUCAGCAACCUGCGAGCCUGGAUGCUGAAGCACGUGAGGGGCAUGAAGGGCGCAGGCGGGGGCCCACGGAGGAGAGGAGGUGCCGGACCCCCCCCCAGGAGCUCCACUGGGCUUCCCACCUCAGCCUCCGAUAACACCCUGUCCCGCAUGAGGAGCUUCAGCAACGGCACCAGCGGGAGCGGCAGCAGCCAGCAGGACUCGCCGCAGAUCAAAGCCUCCCCCAGCUUCACCUUCAGCUGCAACAGGCCCUCGGGUCCGGCCGCUGUGAGCCAGAGUCCUCAGAAAGGCAGCGCCAGAGCCCCGGCACCGGGCAGAGGGACCCUGCCGGUGGGCGCCCGGGCAGCGCCCAGCACCGGCACCAGCCACGGAUCGCGGGAGGCCCAGCAUGGCGUGGGAGAACCAGUGGCUACUCAUGGCACAGCACUGCUGCAGGUGCUCCCGAAGAAGCUGGACACCAGGAAAGCCCCGGAGCAGCCCAGGGCUCUGCCAGGAGGCCCCCGCACCCCCCAGGGGGGUGCAGAGCACCGAGGGACUCUUCCUGUGUGGGGGCAAGGGCCUGCACUCCCAGUGCCCGCCAGGCCCGGCCCGUGCCUCGCUCAGCUCCUACCGGCAGCUCCUCUCCUUCUGCGCUGAGGCCUGACCGCAGCCACCAGCAGUGGCCCCGCUGCUCACCGGGCCCUACGCCGCCGGCCUGCACCGCAUCUGCACCCAUGCUUGGGGCAGGGCCGGGGCACCCCCCCACAGCCGCUGCGGCCCCCCCCAGACCAAAGCUGCACCAGCGCAGAGCCUGAGCCAUGGCGGCACCAGGGGUCCCGGACCCACUCUGCCGCUCGACCCCCUCCCCGCCGGGCUCCAGGCACAGCCACCGGCUCGCGUGGCACCAUGCCUACUCUGGCUGUGGCCAUCACCGCCCAGGGUGCCGGGGCCGGCUCACGUGUCUCACCACGGCUCACCGCAGCGCCCGCUCCUUGGAGAUGGCGGACUCCCACCCAGGGACAGCCCCGCUCCUCCCCGCGGGACCGGCGGAGGGACCCGGUGCGGGCGGGAGAUAUUUUUACAUCACACGGUUUCCUCGUGUACUAUCGUGUUUCCGUUAAAGUUUGUUUGGAAGAA